GCAGCAGUCCUUGCCAGCCUCAUUUUCACUGCAAUUGACUGCCUGUACUGUCCGUGUUUGUGCUACUUCACCGAAACUGCUCUCUCUUCCCACGCCCAGCUUGUGUGUGGUGUAGCUGUUUCGCGUUAUCAUGAGGUCGGCGGUGGCAUUUCUCCCGCUGUGCCUGGUGACGGCGUCUGGGUUCAUGAUGCGAACAUGUCCCGGCAAGAGCUGUAGGAUGGCAGACCAGUCUCAGCAUGACGGUGUUGAACGCGCCCAACCAGCACCGUCAUCCUCCCCGCUCUCGCGGCAAGCUUUCCUCGGGGGCGCCGCGGCUGCGAUUCCGCUCGUCGUGGGGGUCGGCCGAGCCGUGGCGGACAACGAGAUCAUCGAGAAGAUGGUCGCCGACAAGAUCGCCGCGGGGUGGCAGGAGCCGGAGGUCACCCAGAGGGCCUUCAUGGACAUCACCAUCGGGGGAAGUCCGUCCGGGAGGCUGGUGAUCAACCUCUACGGGAAGGUCGUGCCCGACACGGUGAAGAACUUCGUUGCCCUCAUCACCGGGAAGAACGCCGCCGGGGUUUCGUACCAGGGGACGGAGGCGUACCGCGUGCUCGACGGCCUAAACAUUCAGAUGGGGGCGAUCGGAAGCAGAAGCGGCAAGUCGGGCGUGUCGUCGACGGGAGAAAACAUCCCGCAGGAAAACUUCGACAUCAAGCACAUGAAGGAAGGGCUGCUGAGCAUGGUCAGGAACGCGGACGCGCAGGGGGACAGCCGAUUCUUCAUCUCCAUCAAGGAUGACGCGGGGUGGGCGGAUAACCGCUACGUGGCCUUCGGGCGAAUUGCCGAGGGGAUGGACGUGGUGCACCUGAUAGAGCGCGUCAAGGUGGAGGGGGGCACCAACAAACCCAAGAAGCCGGUGGUAAUAGAAAAGUGCGGUAUGCUUUAGAAGGCUAUACGAAUACGUAGUUCGUUCUGAGGCGAACUUCGAGGUCCGUGAUGGGCCGUGUUUGUACAGAGGAUUCGGGCAUUGCUGCUGCAGGUGCCGGUCGCUAGCCAUCGGUUCUGAACAGAUCUGGGUGCAGUAGUAGUUGAAGGCGACUUGGCGAGACCCCAAGAAACCAGCGGUCGACGACAAGUGCCGCUGGCUCUGGGUCGGAGCACGAUGAUGGCACAGCCGAUUGCCACGAGGCUGCUGUAAGCGCUCUUCGCUAAGGUCCACGGCUAGAUUCGACCUUGUUCGUGCACUGUAGACCAUAGAGCUCCCCACACACACGCUAUGGCACGUGGCGCAAAUAGAUCGAAGACAUGUUCUGAGUCGGUUGGUGUUGAAGAGAAAAUAGUUUACGUUGAUGGUUUCGGCGUUGGGGCCAAGAAACCGAACGCAGGGUUGCGUGAGGAGUCGGCAAUUUGGGGCUCACGAAGUUGGUGGGGUCGCUCCUGCAGUGACCCUUCCCCUCUUUCCGCGGUUGCGUUUGUUUGGGAGGCGCUCUUGGCGGCCAAGGCGCGGUCUAGAUUCGUGACAAGCUGCCACACGGCGGGAGCGAGAUCUUGGUGCACGUUAGUGACCCUGCAACUCAUGCCGUAGCGCUGAAGUUCAGUAAUUCUCCUCCGGUCGAGGGCGCCUUGUUGGUUGUUUCUGCGUGCGUGGUCUCCGCAGUUAGGCGAAAGUUAUUACCGGGAGUAUGUUGCACAAGAUAUCACACC